AUAUUUAUUUGUUUCAGGGAUAACCUCUUGAGAUAAAAAAAAGCAACACUAUUACAAAUCGCAAUAAGUAAAUCCAAAAUAUAACGCAAUACAUACAUCAACAAAUAAGUUGUUGAAACAUAUUUACUACAACCAUACAGCUAAGUAAAAAGCAAUAGUUUGUAUCCCCACUUUUACCAUAAAAUGUUAUAAUCAAACUUGCUCUAACGUUAUGAAAAACUGGAUUGUGGAUUUCCAUAUUCUAUCACAUACAUAAAUUUGACAUUUUGAGGUAAAUUACUUAAAUAAAUAAACUUUUUAAUGACCAGAUGAGUCAAAGUUUAGUUUUCUGAAGCGGGCGCUGCAGUCUUCUUCCAGAGGUGAAACGCUGAGUUCCUGCUCCUCUGCUGUCACAUUUAUCUCCAGUGUCAGAAUAAAAGGGUCUUAAAGACGUAAUAAUGUGUGCAGGAGCCAUCUGUCAGCCCAGCGGGGCCGCUGCUGUUGCUGCUGGGGGACGGGGACGUGUGCCUCUGCGCUGCGGCGUGGCCCUUUAAGGCGCUCCAUGUUUUCGCUUCAUGAUGCGUCAACAUAAAAAGCGGAUGAUGCUGUUAUGUAAAACAUGCCAAAGUCAGCCGGAGUUUGCAGGAUCUGCGUUCAGGGCCUCGGCUGCUUUCUAAACUCAUCUGCUGCAGCUUGAAGCGUCACGGGUGGAUUUAUUGGUAUUUUUUCCCCAUUCCUCGCAGCGUGGAGUUUGGAGGAAAUAAAACAGCCUGCUUCAGAUCAGCUCAGCUCAACAUGAGUCGCCCUCGGCUCGGUUUUCCUCCUUCGUUUGUGGGGAGCUCAUACACCUGACGCAUCUCCGUCCCCCUCUUCCCCUGGAACCGAUCGUGGUUUUAUUUUUAAAGGAUAAAUCCGCUCUUUUCCUGCGUGUUCCGGAGCUGCGAAGCGGGACAGCCUGGAGGAAGAAACUGUCUCUGUAGAUGCUGGUUUUCACUGUAGCUCCAACCCAAUGAUUAAUGCCGACCUGAAACCAUCUGCUGCACAACCUGUGGAUGACGAGAUUUCGGCACAUCUGCUGCUGAUGCUGAGAUCAUGGUGAAAGCUCAACAGAGCCAGCCGCUGCAGCGCGGGAAACUGCAGAAGAAGAAUGCUUGCCAGAAGAAAGGGGAACUCAAACAGAAGGGAAAUGUGGGAAAGAAUGAGAUUAUUGAAAAACGAAAGAGGGACGUAAGAGGUUUUUAUCACGGGAAGACGACUGGAGGAUUUGGUAAAGGAGAUUCCUUCUCCUGUUGCGUUCUGCUGACCCGUCUGGAUGAGAAACGAGUCAACAAGGAAAAGAAUGCAAAAUAUAAUCUGCAAAAGAGCGUCAAAGUCAAAAAGAAAAAGCUCUCCGUUUCAAGAUCGACAAAAUCUGGACUUGUGUCAACUUCCACCGCCAAUCAGCAAACUCCAGAACCAAAAACCAACCAAGAGGACGCCUUACUCAUGCUAGCUUCCCCGGUUGUCGAGCCUCGCAGGCGGAGAAUGGCCUCCCUGAACGCCGAGGCCGUCAACAGUUUGCUGCUCUACAGAGACGGCUCCAUGAUGGCCAACCUCACAAAGAAAUCUCAGCCGUCAGGCGAAAACGCAGACGGGGAUCCAAAAGCCAAAAAUGUUUCUGCAGGGGGGAAAAGAGCCAAAAAACAGAAGGAUCAGGCGGAGAGCAUCGACUGGUUGAGUUUGCUAGCACCGACGCCGCGACGUCAAGCAGGCCUCACCGCCGCCACGCUGCUCAAACUCACCGGUUCCCAGUACAAAACCAAACGGCAGAAGAAGACCGGUCAGGGCGGCUCAAACGUUGACCCUGUCUGUGGAGGAACAACGCAGACCAAAACGAGAAGACCGCACGCCAAAUCAGAAGAGCCGCUGAAGCACAGACAACCGGACGCAGAGUUCCCGGCUCAGUCCAAAAUGAGCUGCUGCUGCGGUCUGUGUCAGCCGGGCGCCGCGGCGGGGCACGGCUUCCAGCGCGGCUCGUCGCUGGGAUUCCCCUUAAAAACAAUCAAAGAGGAGCAGAUGGAGGCAGAAGUCACUUCCUGCUUCUGCUGCUCCCAAGAGAGAUGCGUGGAGUACUGUCACAGACUGGCCCUCUUCCUGGAGGACAAGACCUUUCAGGAGCCGGAGGACGGCUCAAUGUCCGACGUGUUCCACCACCACCACCACCACCAUCACCAUCAUCACCACCACCACCACCACCUCCAGUCGCCCCAUUCUGUCGCCCACCCCGCCGCCAUUACCAUCAGCCCGCACACGUACACUUGCUUCCCGGGCUACUACGUCCACUUUACCCAUCCGGACGGCCCGCCGUCGCCGAUGGCUUUGUGCCCGAGGAGCAGCAAGAGGCCGAAGCUGCACCCCAGCGCCGGCCCACAACCCUCAGGGAUCAGACAUCCAGUUUACUGCUGCACUUCAGUGGAGGCGUGCUACGGAGAGCCCUGCAGAAUCAACGGCUACUCCUAUCCCAGUGUGAUUCCUGCCAUCACCAGAGGGGGGUGCCCUUACACCCCCAAAGACUGCGCCAAAUGCAACCAAGGCAUCAAAAGAGAAGAAUACUCGCCGAGCCUCGGCGAUCACCACGGCCCAUCCUUCAUCCCCAUGUGUCCCAGCCCCAGAGUCCUGACUGGCUGCCCCGUUCCCACUGUGCCUCCAGCCGGCCAAUCAGUGCCCCACGUCCAGACGCCGCCCUCCGACCCCAGCCGACCCCAGCCGCCGCUGCAGGUGGCGAAGGAGUGUCCACAGAGUGCCAAGCCGCCCAGCAGCGGCUCGAGGUCCGGAGCCCGCGGCGGCCUGGCCGUCCUGCCUCUGAACCGGGACAAGAACCAGAGGCUCAGCGCCGCCUCGGUUGGAGGGCAAACGGUUCCCAAGCAGCCGAAGAACAGCCGGCAGAAAUCCACCAACGGCUGGAGGUCGCUGGGCCAGCCCUUUGAGAAGGAGGUCUUUGUUGUUGGAGAGGAGGCUCCGGUGUUGAGGAAAUGCUUUGAGGGAAUCCGCAGGGACGGCGACGAGAUUCGCGUCAGAGACACGGUUCUGCUGAAGUCUGGGCCCAGAAAGAAGUCUCUGCCUUACGUGGCCAAGGUGUCUGCGCUGUGGGAGGAGCCGGAGUCAGGAGAGCUGAUGAUGAGCUUGUUUUGGUAUUAUCGUCCAGAACACACGCAGGGAGGGCGCAACCCCACCUUGCACUGUGAGAAUGAGAUCUUUGCCUCCCGUCACCAGGAUGUCAACAGUGUGGCCUGUAUUGAAGACAAAUGCUAUGUCCUAACAUUGGCACAGUAUUGUCGAUUUUGUGCCUUGGUAAAACGCCGCAGGGAGGGCGUCUGCGACAGAGCCGCCUCCCUCGUUGUGCCGCCCGUUCUCAGCAACGCCAUGCCCACCCACCACUGUGUGCCCGAUGACGUCGACCCAGAGCUGGUUCUGUUCUGUCGACACGUCUACGACUUCCGCUACGGACGUCUCCUGAAGAACCUGCAGUAGUACGCGGCGCUGCACAGGAGCGGAUCGUGUGACCUUACUGUCAUCCUCCAUGAGUUUUAAUCGACUUCUUACGGGGAAUUUAAAUAGCUUUGAACUGUUUAUGUUUGAACACCUUGCAUGUUGCUCAGCAGUCAUCUGACGUGAUGCAUCAGAGUUACAUGGCGGUGUGAACGGCCUGUGGUGAUGUAGCAGCUGUCUGAAGAACAUGGAAGUUACUCUGCUGUAAAAAAAAAAACGCUACUGUAGCUCUUAGAAAUGUGACGUUUGACAGACCUGCAGCUGAUGUUUCCUGUGAGUGUUGCUGCCGUCUGCCUGGGGGAUAUCAGACAGCUUUGAUCAUUUUUACCGCAUCUCAUCUGAUUUUCCUCUGAUUUGAAUAUGCUAAAUAUCACAGAAUCCAAGAGUGGAUUUUACUGGCUUGUCUUAAAAGUCUGCUUUGAGUUAUAGCUAAUUAUUUAGCUUUAAGCUGAUAGCAGUCAACUUGCGGAGUUAAAACUUGCUGCUGUAGUUGGACGUCACAGAAAAGUUGUUUUCAGGUCAGGACGCAUCCACAAGGACAGUUUCAUUUAAAUAAAUCUGCCUUCUGCUGUUUUAACACAUAUGGAGCAUAUUAGAACCUCCUGAUGUAAACUUAGUGAGAAAAACUCAAUGAAAAAGAUUUUCAAAGUCACAACAGAGAAAAUAAAUCGAUCAAACAUCAACAAACC